CGGCAAGGACAAACUCAAAAUAAAGGACAGUCAGAUCAAGAGGAAUUGACCAGCCUUCAUCGAACUACAACCCCUCUGAUCCCUCGCCACUCCCACCUUACCAUCGUCACUCCAUAUAACUCAUAACAAUGGGCAAGAUCAGGGAAAAGAAGAACGCGGCUGCUUCCCAGUCCUCUGAGCGCCAGGGCACCCAUCAGAUCUUCAAGAUGAACCACGACCUCGGUCAGCAUAUCCUCAAGAACCCCUUGGUCGCCCAGGGUAUCGUCGACAAAUCCGACCUCAAGCCCUCAGAUACCGUCCUCGAAGUCGGUCCCGGUACCGGUAACUUGACAGUCCGUAUCUUGGAGAAGGCGCGCAAAGUCAUCGCAGUCGAAAUGGAUCCCCGAAUGGCUGCCGAAUUGACAAAGCGUGUGCAAGGAAAGCCUGAGCAAAAGCGUUUGGAGAUCAUGCUCGGAGAUGUCAUCAAGACCACCCUGCCGUCUUUCGACGUCUGUAUCUCAAAUACCCCAUACCAGAUCUCCUCGCCCCUGGUUUUCAAACUCCUGCAACAGCGUCCUCCACCCCGAGCUGCCAUUCUCAUGUUCCAGCGUGAGUUCGCUCUACGACUUAUCGCCCGACCAGGAGAUGCGCUUUACUGUCGUCUCAGCGUCAACGUCCAAAUGUGGGCACGAGUAACGCACAUCAUGAAGGUCGGAAGGAACAACUUCAGACCACCACCCCAAGUCGAAUCCAGUGUCGUCCGUAUCGAGCCCAAAAUCCCGCCACCGCCAAUCGACUACGACGAGUGGGACGGCCUCCUCCGUGUCUGCUUCGUCCGUAAGAACAAGACAUUGUCUGCCUCCUUCAAGCAGUCCUCAGUAUUGGGAAUGAUGGAGAAGAACUACAAGACGUGGUGUGCGCAGAACGAGCGGAUGGUGGAGGACAACUUUGAGAUCAAGGCGUUGGUGGAAAAGGUUCUCACGGAGACUGGUCUUGGUGAGAAGCGUGCUGGAAAGUGUGGGGAGGAUGAGUUCUUGAAGCUCUUGUAUGAGUUCAACCAGGUUGGAGUUCACUUUGCGUAA